GCCGCCCCCGGGCCCGGCCAUGACUCCAGCCCGGCCCCGGCCCCGGCCCCGCUUCUGCCUGCUGCUGCUGCUGCUGCUGCUGCUGCCGGUGCCCGCGGCGCGGGGCUGCGGGCCGGGCCGGGUGGUGGGCAGCCGCCGCCGCCCCCCGCGCAAGCUCGUGCCACUCGCCUACAAGCAGUUCAGCCCCAACGUGCCCGAGAAGACGCUGGGCGCCAGCGGGCGCUACGAGGGCAAGAUCGCUCGCAGCUCCGACCGCUUCAAGGAGCUCACCCCCAACUACAACCCCGACAUCAUCUUCAAGGACGAGGAGAACACGGGUGCCGACCGUCUCAUGACCCAGCGCUGCAAGGACCGCCUGAACUCGCUGGCCAUCUCGGUGAUGAACCAGUGGCCUGGCGUGAAGCUGCGGGUGACCGAGGGCUGGGACGAGGAUGGCCACCACUCUGAGGAGUCGCUGCACUACGAGGGCCGCGCCGUGGACAUCACCACGUCGGACCGCGACCGCAACAAGUACGGGCUGCUGGCGCGCCUAGCGGUGGAGGCCGGCUUCGACUGGGUGUACUACGAGUCCAAGGCCCACGUGCACUGCUCCGUCAAGUCCGAGCACUCAGCUGCAGCCAAGACAGGUGGCUGCUUCCCCGCAGGUGCGCAGGUGCGUCUAGAGAAUGGGGCACGUGUGGCCCUGUCUGAUGUGCGCCCUGGAGACCGUGUGCUGGCCAUGAGGGAGGACGGGAGCCCCACCUUCAGUGAUGUGCUCAUCUUCCUGGAUCGCCAGCCAGAUGGGCCCAGGCUCUUCCAGGUCAUUGAGACCCAGGAUCCACCCCGCCGCCUGACGCUCACUCCCGCACACCUGCUCUUCAUUGCAGACAAUGACACCGAGCCAGCAGCCCACUUCCAGGCCACCUUUGCCAGCCAGGUGCAGCCUGGCCAGUAUGUGCUGGUGGCUGGGGGGCCAGGCCUGCAGCCAGCCCGGGUAACUACUGUGUCCAUGCAUGUGGCGUUGGGGGCCUAUGCACCACUCACGAAGCAUGGGACACUGGUGGUGGAGGAUGUGGUGGCCUCCUGCUUUGCUGCCGUGGCUGACCACCACCUGGCUCAGAGGGCCUUCUGGCCCCUGCGACUGCUCCAUAGGAUGGCAUGGGGCAGCUGGACCCUGGAAGAAGGGGUGCACUGGUAUCCCCAGCUGCUUUACCGCCUGGGGCAACUGUUGUUAGAAGAGGACAGCUUCCACCCUCUGGGCAUGGCUAGAGCAGGGAGCUGAGGGGACCCUCCACUGCACCCCUGUAUCUGCCCAACCCACCCCAGGCCUCCCCCCCAGGGAGGGGAGCAGUGGCCCCUGAAGAAAGCUGAGUAAGGAUCCCUCCUUUGUCAUAGAGACACGCCGCCGUUGGAAAUUUGGAGACUGGAAACUUGGAGACUAGCAUGGUGGUUCAUAUACAGCCGGCACCCACUUAUUCUGUCAUGCCUGCUUUCCUCCAGGGGGAGGCCCCAUGCCAUCUCUCUUGCCCCCCUCCCCCCCCACUUAACGUGGGGCUUGCACCUCAGUUGAUGCUGCUAGAAUCCCUGGGAAUGAGCGGGGAGCUGUUUGGACUCAUGCUGCCCAGAAGUGGAGGGGUGGGGCAGCAGCCUGGCCAGCCUGAGGCUCCACCUCCCUCACUCCCCACUCCCCACCCCCUGCCACACUCCUUGGACUUGGCCACUGGAUGUGUGCCAGCCAAUGCAAUCACUGGCUGGGGGAGCAUGCUGGCUGGCCCCCCCUUCUGCCCAGGCUAAGCCCCGGCUCUUCUGCUAAACCACACCCCCAACCCCUCCUCCAGUCAGUCCCCCUACACCCCCCACACCUUAUUUAUUGGCUGGGAUGGGGAAGCCCAUGAGAGAAUCUUGGGGAUAUUUUGGUCUUUCCUUCCUUUUGUAAUAAAAAUUAUUUAAGUUG